AUGUGGCUUUGGAAUGGAGGCGACAGCGAAGAACCAACAGAUGAGGAAGACUUUAGUGAGGCCAAUGCAAAGCUCCAAGGCAAAGAGGGCGGGGCCCGUGGCACCAAUGGUGCGCGUGGUGCUUUACACUUCCAGAUUUCGGAUGAUGGCGCAGCACCGAGGGCGGCAGAGCUGGAAUUGGAUGCCAUGUAUGAUUUUUCGUACUUCUCUCAACCACACGCUGCUGCAGCGGAGGAUCAUUCACACUUGCCUUCGAGGGAUGUUGUCUUCACAAAGCUGCAGGAGCAGCAGCAGGCAAUGGAGAAACACAUGGAGGCUCAGGAGAAGAAGCUGAGCUCUGCCUCGAAAGCCUUGAAACGUUCAAGGGCUCAGGCGAACACCGAUCGGAUCAGAUCCAGAUUCAACGUGGAGAGGCUACGACAGGCCAUGACAGGCUCCUCGCUUUUUGCCGGUGCUCUGCUUCUGGCUUUAGUCAGACAGAGCUCCGCAACUUGGCAGCGGCUAGAGCAGCUAGAGCGGCUCGACGGGAAUGAGACAUGCUCCAUGGAAGAUGCGUCGCUGCUGAACAUUGGAACUUCACGGGCUCACAAUGGUCGCAGUGGCUCCAAAUGCCAAUAUUGUUUAUGUUUGGCACCUGACCCUGUGAAGUGUGGAAAGAAGAUGAUCAAAAAUGCAGAGAAGUGUGGGAAGGAGUUCAUCCCAGAUGAAAAGGAAUGUGGCAAGAAGUGGGUUACAGAUACAAAAACCUGUGGCUCAGAUGUGGUGACAAGUGCAGAGAAAUGCGGGAAAAAAAAGGUGACGAGCAUCAAAGAAUGUGGCGAGUCAUUGAAAAAAAAGUGUCACACCCGCCGUCGAAGGAGAGCUUUGGUCGAUGCAGAUGUCACUUGCAAAGUUUUGUCUGUGGCCAAGACAUGCUUGAGACCCAAAACAUGCUCCGUUCCAAAAUCUUGUUGGAAAGUCAACAGCUGCUGGGUUCCUAAAUCCUGCUUGCAAACUCUGACCUGCUGGUUGCCUGUGGAUUUUUCGACCUGUGCAGACCUGAUCCUUCAAGAACUUCCAAAGCAUCUCCAGCCAUUGUGGUCGAAAUACGUGAAGGCAUCCUGUUCGAGUCUCUCAGAGUGUGCUAAGAAGGUCACAAAUGGCAUCAAAAGUGUGGCAGAAGAUGCAUGGCACUGGAUGGAGAAAAAAUUUGGAAACGACUUUGAUAAUAUGGCCGACAGAAUUAUAGGUGGUGUCGACUCCUUCAAGAACAUGUGGCACAAACUCAACAUCAAAGACGCAGUCAUGCCAGUCAUGGGUGAGCUAUUGGAUUGGCGCCGCAAAGUUGAACAUGCCAUUGAUAAAGCGUCCCAUGGUCCAAUAAAGCUGGCAAACAUGGAGGACGGGAGGCUCUGCCCUGCAGGUCUGGGCGAUAAGCAGAUCUUUGGUGUCUUCCCAACUGACUGCGGCUUGUUUGAGGAGUUCGCCAAACUUCUGGAUCCCCUUGGUACUGUGGUGACUGACGUUGCGGACUUAUUAAAGAACAAGAGAGUGAAGAUCUAUGGGGGCUUUCUGGAGAAAGUAAAGGAGUGCCUCUCUUUGAGUGGCCCUUGGAAAUGGAAGGGGGUGUCGGUGCCUCAUCCUUUCUUCAAGAUGGGUCAUUUUGAUAUGUGCCUCUCCAAGUCAAAUGUGGAUGCUCUUGAUGUGGUGCUCAACCUCCUUUACAAGGGCGUGAAAGAGAUCAAAGAUCUAUUUGAGACGAUUACGAAGAAAGUCAGCGACUGGGUGAGCCAGAAACUCUUGAGUAAACUAGGUUUUCCCACCAUUGAGCAGCAGAACUCAUUGCCCUUGGUGCUUACACAGAGAGCCCCUUGCGCCAAAGGAACAAAAGACUGGAGUAUAAAAGUGAAGUUUAGUGGCAAGUACAAAUUCCAGGUUAACAAUGCAGGUGGAGGAGGAGCCUUGAAAUGGAGCUUUGGACUUGGCGCUGGGGUUGUCUUCGGCUGCAAGGAUGAAACCUACAGGACCUAUCCCUUUGUGGAUGUCUCUCACCCCGUUGCCUUCAUGUUCACCUUCAAAAUUGGCAAGACACAUAAAACAGACUUCACAGCAGAAGGUUCGUUAAGUUUAGGUUUGAAAGUUUAUUCCAUGAAGUUUUCUUCCAUCGAUUCGGGCAUCAAAGGCGGCCUUAGCCUCAGCCUCAAAGCUGGAGCAAAGAAUCUUCCAAAGCCGUGGCCGUGUCCUACGAAAGUCAAGUGUUCCCUGAAGAAGAAGUUCUCUUUGUUGAAGGUUCCGUCUGGAGAACUCAUUGACUUCACGGACACAGACGAUAUUUUGGACAUGUUAGUUUAUACUCAAGAGGUGGAAGUUGCAGCAAAGUGGGAGGAUGUGACUUCAUGGUUCAGCAAAAAACCAGACCCCAUCCCAGAUGGCAUCCCAGAUCCUCAAGCGGGCUCGGAACUGGUCAUGGGUGCUUUGCGUCACAUUGCAACAUCCAACAUCAGCUUGCCUUCCAAGCUUGAACUGAAUUCAUCUGAUACACCCGAACCGCCCAAACCGCCCAUACCGGAAGCAGAGUUUGCGGUUGGAGUGGAUGCAUCUUGGAGCAUUUGCGUCGGACCCAACUGGCUUUGCAGUUGAGGCCUCCCUGGAAUAUCGGAAUAUCAUUUUUCAUUAAUUUCGCUAAUUUUUGGCAAUCAGAUGCAAACUUCCUUGAGGGCCCCCACCCUCCAAGUACAGAUCCAGUCGGAGCAUAGCGGAGACGGCGCGCAUGAGGCUGACAAAAGCUUCAUGCCUUUCCUGAAGUGCGUGACAAUGUUGGCUACACCACCGCUAAAGGUC